UCACAUCCAGUGCGUAAAGUUUGCCGGGGAUAAUGGCCUAAUCAGGAAAUCCAUGUAUUGCGGUGCCAAUAAAGCCCCCAUGUUUUUAAAAAUUGCCGAGGAUAGACAGCUCGGUUGUUUUAUAUGCUACAGGGGCAAAUACAAAAAGAAAUCGCGCAUUUCCCGAGCCACUGGAACUUGGUUCCAGAACGCAAAGCUCGGCGUACAGGAUGUCGCACGAAACCGCCCAACGUGAGGACUUCUUGGAAGAUGGCUUUACACUUUCAUCAAGGACCAUUGCCGACUGGUAUAGCUACUGCAGAGAAGUGGUAGUAGUAUACCAGUUGGACCAUCAACAAUUCAGUGGCAAAAUUGGUGGUCCGGGCAAAACGGUCCAAAUUAAUGAAAGCAAAUUUGGCAAGAGAAAAUAUAAUAAAGGAAGGAGAGUUAAAGGUCAUUGGGUAUUGGGAAUAAUUGAAGAUGGCAAGGAGGAUCUUCGACUCGAGGUGUGCCCGGACAACAUCAGAUCGGCAGACGUAUUAAUACCUCUUAUAAAGAAGCAUGUGCUGGAGGGAACUACAAUCCGUACGGACUUCUGGCGGGCUUAUGAUUGCCUUUCAGAACAUGGAUUCAUCCACAAGAAGGUCAACCAUAGUGACCCAGUGAAUCCAUUUGUUGCCGAAGAUGGUACACAUACUCAGCGAAUAGAGUCCCAGUGGAGGGUUGUCAAACGCUUCUUUUACAAGGACAACUACAAUAACCCAGGAAUUUUGGCAGACGUUAUUGUGGAGUUUAUGUGGCGUCGAACUGUUGCCGCUGAAAAAAGAGACGCUUUCAUAGCUUUAAUUGAAGCUGUUAAAUAUGUUUAUAAGCUUGAAUAA